UUCUAACGCCGGGUAACAACAGAGGCUAUCUUCAAUUUCCACAUGAAUUGCAGUUAGAUGUAAGCUCUAGUAGACAUUGAGACAGAAAGAUGUUGUUAACAUCGUUACGUACAACCAUUUUAUGCGGCUGCAGAUGUGCUGGCAAGAGGUUUCAACACAGCAGCCAUCAAAGUCCACAGCUACGACAAUGGCUUGUGAGGAGAAACUGCAGCACCUUCACUGCGGAGACAGCAGCUCCUUCCAAAUCAGCAGUGACUGUCCCUAACGAAGCCACAAAUCGCAUAGUGGGACGCUGGUUGCUUGGCUGCAGUGGUCUGGUGGUUGGGGCCAUUGUUUUGGGUGGUGUCACAAGGUUAACAGAGUCUGGGCUCUCCAUGGUGGAUUGGCAUCUAGUGAAAGAGAUGAAGCCACCUCAGACAGAAGAAGAGUGGCAGGCCGAGUUUUCCAAGUACCAGCAAUUUCCAGAGUUUAAAAUACUGAACCAUCAAAUGACUCUGCCGGAGUUUAAGUUUAUCUUCUACAUGGAGUGGGGUCAUCGCAUGUGGGGCAGACUAGUUGGACUGGCGUACAUCCUCCCCACCAUUUACUUUUGGAGAAAAGGAUAUUUCAAUCGUUCCAUGAAGGGAAAAGUGCUUGGACUUUGUGGUUUUGUCUUCUUCCAAGGCCUUCUGGGAUGGUACAUGGUAAAAAGUGGGCUGGAAGAGAAGCCCGAGUCCCCUGACGUUCCUCGGGUUAGCCAGUAUCGGCUAACUGCUCAUCUUGGUUCUGCCUUGUUGCUCUACGUAGCCAGUCUCUGGACAGGGCUUACCAUGCUGCUACCAGCACACAAGCUGGCAGAAACCAAACGUCUUAUGCAGCUAAGGAGGUUUGCCAAAGGUACUGGUGGACUCGUCUUCCUAACCGCUCUUUCAGGUGCCUUUGUUGCUGGUUUGGAUGCUGGUUUGGUGUACAACUCCUUCCCUAAAAUGGCAGACAGAUGGAUUCCUGAUGAUCUGCUUGCUUUCUCUCCCACAAUUAAAAACUUCUUUGAAAAUCCCACCACUGUGCAGUUUGACCACAGAAUUUUGGGUAUCACUUCUUUGGCAGCAAUUACAGGCCUCUAUUUGUUCUCACGGAGGAUGAUGCUACCUAAAAGGGCAAAGGUUGCCGUCAGCCUCCUUGCAGCAAUGGCCUAUACUCAGGUUGUUCUUGGGAUCUGCACACUGUUACUGUAUGUCCCCACGCCACUGGCAGCAACUCACCAGUCUGGUUCGGUGGCUCUUCUGUCACUCGCCAUUUGGGUUCUUGCAGAGCUGCGUAAAAUGCCCAAGUAAAACGCCUCCUGCGUUACGAACACACACUUUUUUUUUUUUACCACACUGUAAGCCUG